CUAGCGAAGCAGGUGUCGGAGACAGACACAGCAUCGACUCUGACAUCAAUUAGAGGCAUUGUCAUUCAUUUUUGUUGGGUUAAAAAUUCGUGUCGUCAAAUUUUUUUAAUUAGUAAUGGCUAUGGAGGUGGAUGAAGAUGUGGAUGUUGACCAGUCUGACAUGGCAUCAUCUACAAGUUCUGCGAGAGGGGACAGGAAAAGAUUUGAAGUCAAAAAGUGGAAUGCUGUCGCACUUUGGGCCUGGGACAUUGUUGUAGACAACUGUGCUAUAUGCAGAAACCACAUCAUGGACUUAUGUAUCGAAUGUCAAGCAAACCAAGCCUCUGCAACAAGUGAGGAAUGUACAGUAGCCUGGGGGGUCUGCAAUCACGCAUUCCAUUUCCACUGUAUUUCACGGUGGCUGAAAACACGGCAGGUCUGUCCCCUGGAUAACAGGGAGUGGGAGUUCCAAAAGUACGGACAUUGAUCCGAGACAAGCUGUGAAGGAGGCAUGAAAGGCGUUAAAUUGCAAAGUUCGAAACCAGGUUGCACACACUACCAGACUGCAGUUUCUUUUUGGAAAUAAACAUAUUUAACUCUCGA